AAGCUGAGACAAGCCAUGUCUCCUUCAACUUCAACUUCAAUCUCUCGAAAUAAUAUAUAAAGAUUAUAAUUUUUUUUUUCUCUUUUAUUAAUAAAUUUCAAUUAUUGUACUAAAAUCUCUCUUCUUUCUCUCAAAUUCCUUGCGUAUCUGAACUGGGUUCUUUGAAUUUGGAACUGGCUACAUCACAAUCACUACCUUUUUUUUUUUCCCAUGACAAGUUGAACUUCAAGCACGUAAAUUCUCUACCAUUUUUCGUUUCUGGCUUUUGCUUUUGCAUAUCACUUAUUUGUUUCUUGUUUUCUGUAUCCAAAGUCUCAAAAUUUUUUAGCUAUGAAUCUCAGUAACGACAGAGGAUCCAUGUCUACCGCCGGUUCUAGUGUUGUUUCCGAUCAGUUUCCCGUAGGUCUUAGGGUUCUUGUUGUUGAUGAUGAUCCUACCUGUCUCACGAUCUUGGAGAAGAUGCUUAAGACUUGCCUCUAUGAAGUGACAAAAUGCAAUCGAGCCGAGUACGCAUUGAGCCUGCUUAGGAAGAACAGAAAUGGGUAUGAUAUUGUUAUCAGUGAUGUUCACAUGCCUGAUAUGGAUGGAUUCAAACUCCUUGAGCAGGUUGGGUUAGAGAUGGACUUGCCUGUUAUCAUGAUGUCUGCGGAUGAUAGCAAAAAUGUUGUAAUGAAAGGUGUGACUCACGGCGCUUGUGAUUAUCUAAUCAAACCUGUUCGAAUUGAAGCUCUGAAGAACAUAUGGCAGCAUGUAGUUAGGAAGAGGAAGAAUGAGUUGAAGGAUAUGGAGCAGUCAGGAAGUGUGGAAGAAGGAGAUCGGCAACCAAAGCCACCUGAAGAGCCAGAUUACUCUUCUUCGGCAAAUGAAGGAAGUUGGAAAAAGCGGAGGAAAGAUGAGGAAGAAGAAGCAGAGGAGAGGGAUGAUACAUCAACGUUAAAGAAGCCACGAGUAGUUUGGUCAGUUGAGCUCCAUCAACAGUUUGUGGGUGCUGUUAAUCAGCUAGGCAUUGACAAGGCCGUUCCCAAGAAAAUUUUGGAGUUGAUGAAUGUCCCUGGGCUUACUAGAGAAAAUGUUGCUAGCCACCUUCAGAAAUAUCGCUUGUAUCUUAGAAGACUUAGUGGGGUUUCACAGCACCAGAGUAACUCAUUUAUCAAUCCCCAAGAGCCACCUUAUGGACCCUUAUCUUCAAUUAGUGGGAUUGACCUUCAAACCCUUGCAGCCACAGGUCAACUCCCUGCACAAAGUCUUGCAACAUUUCAGGCAGCGGGACUUGGCCGGUCAUCCGCAAAGUCUGGCUUACCAAUGCCCCUUGUUGAUCAAAGGAACAUUUUUAGCUUUGAUAAUCCAAAGUUAAGAUUUGGGGAUGGGCAACCGCAACAAAUGAGCAGUGGUAAACAAAUGAACUUACUACAUGGAAUCCCAACAACAAUGGAGGCGAAGCAACUUGUCAAUUUGCACCAUUCUGCACAAUCCCUUGGGGGCAUGAACAUGCAAGUCAGUGCACAUGGAGGCCAGAGUGGCCAGAGCAGCUCGUUAAUGAUGCAGAUGGCUCAACCACAAUCAAGAGGGCAGAUACGAAAUGAAACUGCUGGAGGUCAAGUUCCCAGGCUUCCAACUUCUGUGGCGCAACCUGUAUUAUCAAAUGGGGUUGGUAGUGGGGUCUUGACAAGAAAUGGGAGUGGUGAAAAUGGCAGAGGAAUAGCCUAUAAUACUGUGUCACAAGCCUCUUCAAUGUUAAAUUUCCCUCCGAACCACACACCAGAAUUGCCAGGUAAUAGUUUCCCUCUGGUACCCACACCAGGAAUAUCAACACUCACACCUAAAGGGCCAUUUCAGGAAGAUGUUAACUCCGAUAUAAAAGUAUCAGUUGGAUUUAUUUCUAGUUAUGAUAUCUUUAAUGAUCUGCAACAGCACAAACCCCAUGGUUGGGAGUUGCAGAAUGUAGGAUUGACCUUUGAUGCCUUACAACGACCAAAUUCCCUGCCAAGCAGUGUUGAUGCCACACCUUCAGUCUUAAUUGCUCAAAGAUAUUCUUCUAGCCAAAGGAGUGGACAGAACAGUAUUGCAUCAUCAAUGUUCUCAGUUGGGGAGGCUACUGAGCAUGGGAAUUCACAAAAUAUUGGUCAAAAUCUCAAUAACCUUCUUGUUGACAAUUCAAUGCGAGUUAAGACUGAAAGAGUUCCUGAUACAAGCUGUCCGCCUGGUCUCUUCUCUCAACACUAUGGUCAGGAGGAUCUCAUGAGUGCACUUCUAAAACAGGAUGCAUUGGCCCAGCUGAAAAUGAGUUUGAGUUUGAUGGUUAUUCUCUGGAUAAUAUUCCUGUGUAGCACUAGGUUCAUUCACCAGUUCUCUUCAUGGUUGCAGUAUCUGAUGUACAUACUUGCCAUCACACAACUUACUGUAAGAUCCUGUCAACAAUCAGUAGAUAGAGAAAGAAAAAGCAUUGUAUGGCUUCAUGUGGCACCGUCUUCCUUUGCAACUCUGUGUUGUGCCGGUUUCAUUUGGACAUAAGAUCAGACCAAUGUAUGGGGAAGCUUUGAAAACACCUGUGCAUGAUAUGCAAAGGCGAUCAUGCAAAAUUUUGACUGUUUUUGGUAACGAACUCUAGCAAGAAGCAAUUAAUUUUAGGGGAUUUAUGUCCUUUGGAUUUGAGGGCAUCCCUCUAGCCAUGGCAACAUUGUCUGUAGACAUCUCUGUAGGAGCCUUUCUAACUUUAGUAACGAUUGAAGAAGUUUGGCUGCUUUUCCAUUUUCGAUAUCCCAUUUUCUCUCUUUAUUUCCUUGUUCUGCUUCUUUUUUCUCAUUUAAGCUAACUGUCAUUGCUGUACAUAUUCCAUUUGAUUGCUCAAAGUCUGGGUAUUCUUUUCUUUUUAAAUUAUUCUGGGUUGUUUUCUUGUACUUGAAAAGUUGAAGAGAUUCUCUCAACUAUGCUAUAUAUUAACUUCGGCUUA